GUGCGGAGCUCUGCUUCAGUCAGCAGGGCCGUCUGCUCAUGGGCCGCCAUGGUGGCAGCAAAGGCGCGGGCGGUGCGUGUGGCAAAGGCAAAAACAAGUCGGGCUCGUACGUCAGCCGCUCGGCGUACCGCUAUCGGUGGAACUUCAAGUCGAACCACUGGUGCUACCAGUGCUGUGCGCCGAUGGUGCCGAACCCGUCGCCCGACAAGAAGCCCCUGGGCCAGUGGUCGCUCGGCCCGCCCAUGCUCGCGUCGAACCCGUUCGACACCGCCGCUGCGGCUGCGCCGCCCGCGGGAGGCCAGGCCAAGGGCCCUCCUGUGCCGCCGAAGGGUGCCAAGGGGGCGCCGCGGGAUCGCCGCCCAUGGGUCUGGCACGGGCUUGGCUGGUACCCGUACGGCGGUGGGCCGACCCCAGAUCAGACGCUUGAUGCACCGCCGCCGUCCGACCCCCUCGCGCUGCUGCGAGAGCAGUUGGGCGACUGCGCGGAGAUCUCGGCCGUCUCUGCCAAGCUGGCCGCCAAGCAGCAGCUUGUCGAGGCUCCGCGCCGCCCGCCCCUCUCGGAGGAGGAGGUCUCCGCGAAGGGGAUCGCCUGCAGGCGCGCGCAGGCCUGGCUCGAGACCUGUGCCGCCCGCGCCCUUGAGGGCGAGGCCUGGCUGGCCGAUGCCAAGGCGGCAGAGGACGCUGCGGCCGAGGCUGCGCACCAGGCUCGGCAGGACUGGGAGGCGGCCUGUGCCAAGCAGCUGCCGUCGCAGUCGACGCCUCAGGGCGAGGCGGCAUCCGCUGCUACGGCCAUCAACCUCUCGACGCUCGUCGACGAAGGUUCGCUGCGCAUCGUCGACGGCCCCCUCUUCGACCUGGAGGGCCUCGAGGUCGACGAGACCGAGCGCACCGAGUGGGCCCGCAUCAAGGGCGAGCUCGCCACCAGCGUGCAAGCCAAGGUGCAGGAGGCCUCGGGGCCCGCCGCCCAGCAGAUCUCCAAGUUGCGAGGGGAGGCCCAGGCCCUGCGGAGCCUGUGGCUUCUGCUGCUGGCGCCUCUGCUGCUGGCGGCAUCGCUGCUGCUGCGGCGCGGGGCGGUGGCGAGCGCAGCAGUGCUGAGGCCCUUCCAGCCGCUGCCAGGGCCAAGGCCAGUGCUGCCGCUGAUGAGAGGAAGCGGGACACGCAAGGGGUUUAGCCUCCGCGAGGCCCGGCCUGCCGCUGUUACGUACUGCGGCUUGCCGAUCCCGUUCUACGGGGACAUCUUCCUCUCGCAGGACGACGAGCGCGCGUUCUUCCCUGAUUUGGAAGUCUACGGCCACUACAAGUUCAGCUCCUCUCAGAGCGCUGACGACUCUGAGGUUGACGACGGCGCGGUCCAGUGCAAGGAUCAGGACCCUGCCAGGCGGGUGGCCAUUCACAACAGACAGCUUCUUGAGAGGCGGCUGAGGUCUUUCACUGGCGCCUGGGUGCCUGACCCCAGCGUUAUUGAUGAUGGUGCUGACCUGGCUGAUUGGAAGCGUGCAUGCAUCCCUUGCGUGGCCAGUUUCCUGGCCCAUCCUGCGCUGCGGCCUUUGGUGCAAGAGGCCGCCGACUCCGCAGGGCACGGCAACCUUGCGGUUACGCAGUGGGACAUGGCGGCGCAGAUUUGCGAACGAGCUUGGCGUGCUCGGCGUCGCCAGCGGCAGGCUUAUCGAGAUCACCUCAACAGCCUCCGCGACCUCGACUAUGAUGAUUGGCAGGAGGAGCUGGCUCGCCACGCCCUGAGCUACAUCGAGGCGCGCGAGGCGCUCGAUACCAGGGCGCCGCAGAUACGG